CGGCGGCGAUCCAAACGGCGAAGUCCGCGGAGCGCGCCUAGACAUCGCGCGCCAUGGCGACUAAAGUCCAGCGCAUCAUGACGCAGCCGAUCAACCUGAUCUUUCGGUUCCUGCAGACGAAAGCUCGGAUCCAGAUCUGGCUGUACGAGAACACCGACGUCGUGGUCGAGGGCCGCAUCAUCGGUUUCGACGAGUACAUGAACCUCGUGCUCGACGACGCGGAGGAGGUGAACAAGAAGAAGGGGACGAAGAAAACCGUCGGGCGGAUAUUGCUCAAGGGUGAUAACAUCACGAUGAUGCGGAACCUCACCGCGCCCGCGACGUGAGUGAGAUCCCCAGUACGAGACGCGCGUCCGCGCACUCUCGGAGCGCUCCGCCCGCACCGCAGUAGUUCCCUAGUCGUACAUGAUAUAAAAAUACACGCCACGCCGCUAUUGUGC